UAUUAACUUCUCGCCAACCAGCCCAAAUGCAUGACGGGGUAUUCAAAAUGGCUGCCGUUGAAGUUUUGCGACGCUUGUUUGUUUACAAAUUUGAAAACGUUUAGAAAACAGACAAACUGGAAGCUGAUUUUUGGUGACGAUGUUUCAGAGACGUCCAGGAGUGGGCACGUCGUCCGUGCUAGAGCGCGCACGGGCUCAGCUGCGGGGAGAGAAGCCUCCUCCCGCCGCCAGCAGUUUGGUUCGCUCGGGCGGCGGUGCGGCAGCGAGAGCCAGUUUUCAGUACGAUGAACAAGACUCUGCCCCGUCCGAGGCGUCCAGUGAUCAGGAGCUUGGCGCCUACCUAAGCAGCCUGAACAAGAAAACUACACAGAAGAAGACAUUUGACCUUACCCAGGCCAGUAGUGACCUCAGCGACCAGUCCAAGUCUGACAAUGAAGGAGACGUCAAGACCAACAUUACUGGAGACGCCAGUCGCUUUCUCAAGAAGAAGCCAAAAAAGAAUGAGGGCACGAAAGAGUCCCCCCUGAAGAAUGUGGGUCAGGGGUCAGCUGGUAUCCAGACGUCAUCGCUACAGAGUAGAGAUGGAGCAGCAAGUAGGGGGUCAGCCCUCUCAAGAGCUGCGGAACUGAAGGAGAGAAUCAUGCAGCGACAACCCAAGGUUCAGAUUGACGACUCUGACCUUGAGAUGGCGCUUAGUCUCAGCUCUGACCUUGACAGUGAACAAGACUUGAAGAAGUUUCUGGAAAAGCCUCCCAAACUGUCGUCAACUGGGAAGGACCUCAAGAAGACAACCGAAGAGUCUUUACUGACAAAAGACUCCUUGGAGCCAGAUGGCCCAGAUCCUGAAGCUGGGAAGGGCAGCUCACGCUUUCUUAAGAAAAGUAGAAAUACUGCAGCUUCACCACAAGGACAGGACACUGCUGGGGAAAACAGGUUCUUGAAAAAGAAACCAGGGAAAACGGCAGACAAUGACAUAUUAGACAGAGGGGGAACAUUCCAGUUCACUUCCAAGAUGCAUUUUGACAGUGACGACGAGGACAUCCAGCAGUAUGUGCACAAACUGCAGAAAGCCCAAGAGUCACCUCCAGCCUCCAUCAGUCAAGACUUAUCCCACAGGAGUAGUUCAGUGUCAGAACCCAAGUCUCUGGAUGACUUCCUGCCCAGCGAUGUCCCAGAGGAGGCCAGCCUGGCAGAGAGUAUAGCAGAGGACAGUCUGUCUGCUGCUGGUCCAACCGUACACAUUAUGAGUCUUGAUGACUUAGCUCCAGCUGUAGACAUCACACCAAAACCAAAGCCACUGACUGCUAAAAAAUCGAAACUGUCGGAAAACCAAAGAGCUGAAUCUGGCACAAGGCUUAAAGAACAAAAAUUGCACACUGUUGAUGAACUGUUAGAAGAUGACAACUCAGUUAAGUCAGCUGUAAGCAAGGAGAGCUUUACUGAGGAGACAGUCACAGAAUCAAUCUCAGAGAACAUUGGCCCACGCCUAAAUCUUCACACAGUGGAUGAACUACUAGGACACAGCGUAUCAGACAAAAGCGACAAAUCAGAGAGCUCGCAAAGCCGGCCAAAACUUCAAGGUUUACACACUGUGGACGAGCUGCUCAUGUUGACUUCAGAAAAACAGGAACAAAACAAAGGUGCAGACAGCUACGAGGAUGACUUUGAUACUGAAGUGCCAACAGAAUCCAUAUCAGAGAGAAUGGGGAGCAAACAUGAGGCUAAGGUGCUCGCCGAUGACACAUAUUCAGAGACCUUUGAAGAGGGCAGUGGGACAGAGUCAUCAAAGACAUUCUCUGAACAGACAGUCACUGAAACACCAAGCAAGUCUUACACAGAUGUCUCAAGGAGUGACAGAAGUAGAAGAGGUAAAGGAUCCAGGAAGACAGAGAGUGAAGAUUCCUACAGUGAGUCCACCAGAAGUAAAACACUAACAGAUAGCACUGUGUCUGACAGUCAGACAAGCCAUACCAGAAGUCGGACCCCUCCAAGAAAAGCUGUCAAGGCUUCAGAUGUGGGUGUUCAAACAUCAGUAGAGGACCAGUUAGGACUGGUGCACCAGUGGACAGCAGAGUCUGGAUAUGCAGCCCUGGGCCCACACUAUGGUGCUGGGUACACUGAUCCCACACCAGUAGCCACACAUGUUGUCAACCCUGAUGCACUAGAAGCCAUGACCAGCUACAGUCCCAGUGUGCUGGCGCUGAAUGACUUGUUGCGGCAGCAGCUGCAGCUCACGCAGCAGUUUGUCACCAACACCCGCAGACUGCACCAGUUCUAUGUCAACUCCCUGCAGGCUGACCACAGUUACACCACUCUACAGGACACACUACAGUUUAUCCAGGAACAUCGCCGCCCAGUUCUAACCAUGGAGGAGGCACUACAACAAGUACAGAAUGGAACAGACAGAUGACACAUCUCCAAAGCUGUGUGUAGUGAAUUUGAGGAUGUAAGACGAGGAGAGUAUACAAAGAUGAAUUCCAUAAAGAUCAUACAAAUGGCGAUACGGAUGUUGACAAUCAACAGAAGUAAUGUUGCUGUUAUAUUUGGGCGUGAAACAAAUAAAAAAUAAUGAUGGAGA